AUGAGGAGCCUACUUCUACUCGGCUCACUCCUCGUCCUCUCCACAGCCGCCCCACUACAAGAACGAAUCCAGCGUGCCAUCGAAGCGCUCAGGGCCGCUGAAUCGACUGGCGAAUUUGCGAUUAAUACGCCGAACGGCAUCUACCCGGUGAGCAAAAUCAAUGAGGACAACUUCUUGAACGUGUUCGCCUGGCAUCCCGAGUUCGCCGCCGCUGCCAAGGUGAAGAAGGCCAGAGACACGGAAGCGUAUAAUGCUGCUCAUGCUGCUGACGCCGCUGGAGGAUACGACGCCCCGGCUGCCCCCGUUGAAGCCAAGCCUGAGGAGUCGAAGCCUGCACCAGCUGCUGAGGCCACUGGAUAUGAUGCUCCCGCUCUAGCUGCUGAGACGCCAAAGCCUGCUGAAGAAGCCAAGCCCGCAGCCGAAGCUGGAGCCGCCGCUGGAGGAUAUGAUGCCCCUGUAGCCGAGUCUAAGCCAGAGGAAAAGCCUGCUGAGAAGCCGGCCGAUGCCGGAGCAGCUGCCGGCGGCUAUGAUGCUCCUGCUCCUGCUUCUGCUCCUGAGACCAAGAAGCCUGCUGAGGAGGCCAAGCCAGCACCUGCUGCUGAGGCUGAGAAAUCUGCUGAAGCGGGAGCUGCCGCUGGUGGAUAUGAUGUCCCUGCACCUGCCGCCGAAGCGAAGCCCGAAGCCCCCAAGGAGGAAGCUAAGCCAGAAGAGAAGCCCGCCGAGGCUGGAGCAGCUGCCGGAGGAUAUGAUGCCCCUGUCCCAGCUGCGGAGACGCCUAAGCCGGCCGAAGAAGCGCCCGCGCCUGCCGCUGAAGCCGAGAAGCCUGUUGAUGCUGGAGCCGCCGCUGGAGGUUACGAUGCUCCUGCUCCUUCCACCGAAGCCCAGAAACCUGCGGCUGAGGAGGCUAAGGCUGAGGAGAAAGCUCCUGAAGCCCCCGUCGCGGAAACCGAAAAGCCUGCCGUGACUGGAGCUGCAGCUGGAGGAUACGACGCUCCCGCCCCUGCCGCUGAGACUGAGAAGCCCGCUGCGGAGGAAAAGAAAGACGAAGCCCCUGCGGCUGAAGACAAGUCCGAGGCUGAAAAGCCUGCCGAAGCUGGAGCCGCUGCGGGAGGUUAUGAAGCGAAGCCUGAGGAGAAGGCUGAAGAGAAGCCUGCUGCUGAAGCCGAGAAGCCCGCCGAAGCUGGAGCUGCCGCUGGAGGUUACGAUGCUCCUGCCCCUGCCGCUGAAGCUGCAAAGCCAGACACCGAGGAAAAGAAGCCUGAAGAGAAAGCCCUCGAAGCGCCGGCUGCUGAGGCCGAGAAACCUGCCGACGCUGGAGCCGCCGCUGGAGGCUAUGACGCCCCGGCCACUGAAGCUGAAAAGCCUGUUGCUGAGGAAGCCAAGCCUGGGGAGAAGAAGGAUGACGCUCCUGCUACUGAGGCCGAGAAGCCAGCUGAAGCCGGAAAUGCUGCCGGUGGAUACGACGCCCCUGCCGAAGCUAAGCCUGAGGAGAAGCCUGCCGAGGAGGCCAAGCCGGAAGAGAAGGCCCCUGAAGCCCCCGCUGCCGAGGCCGAAAAGCCAACAGAUGCCGGAGCUGCUGCUGGAAGCUACGACGCUCCUGCUCCCGCUGCCGAAGCUGAGAAGCAAACGGCUGAAGAAGCGAAGCCCGAGGCGAAGACUGCUGCCGAAGCCGAAAAGCCAGCUGAUGCCGGAACUGCUGCUGGAGGAUAUGAGGCCCCUGCCGAGGAGAAGAAACCAGAAGAGAAGGCACCCGAAACCCCAGCCGCCGAGGCCGGGAGCGCCAACUCUGGAUACGCAACAGCUCCUGAAACUACUGAAGCCGAGAAACCAGCCGCUGAGGAGGCUAAGCCCGUGGAGAAAGCCCCUGAAGCUCCGGCCGCCGAAGCUGAGAAGCCGGCUGAGGCUGGAGCCGCUGCUGGAGGAUACGACGCGCCUGCCCCAGCUGCUGAGGCUGAGAAGCCCGCUGCUGAGGAGGUGAAGCCAGAGGAGAAGCCUGCUGAGGCCGAGAAACCUGCUGAUGCUGGAGCCGCCGCCGGAAGCUAUGAUGUCCCUGCCGCCGAAGCCAAGCAAGAGAAGAAGGAUGAGGCUCCUGCGGCCGAAGCCGAGAAGCCCGUCGAGGAGGCCAAGCCCGAAGCUGAGAAGUCGGCUGAUGCUGGAGCUGCUGCUGGCGGUUAUGAAGCCCCGGCUGAAGCCAAGCCUGAGGAGAAACCAGCUGAGGAGAAGGCCCCUGAAGCCCCAGCUGCGGAGGCUGAGAAGCCCGCCGCCGAGGCAGCCAAGCCUGAGGAGAAGAAAGAUGAGGCUCCUGCCGCUGAAGCCAAGCCCGAAGCCGAGAAGCCUGCUGAAGCCGGAGCCGCUGCUGGAGGAUAUGAUGCCCCAGCUGAAAGCAAGCCGGAAGAGAAGGCCGAGGAGAAGCCAGCUGCGGAAGUCGAGAAGCCCGCCGAAGCCGGAAGUGCCGCCGGUGGAGACGAAACCCCCGCCCCUGCCGCAGAAGUUGAAAAGCCAGCCUUGGAAGAGAAGAAGCCGGAGGAAGCCGAAAAGCCAGCCGAAGCUGGAGCAGCGGCCGGAGGAUACGAAACCCCAGCCGCCGAGGCUGAGAAGAAACCUGAAGCUGGAGCUGGAGCCGCCGGAGCCGGAGCCGAAGCAUCAAAGGAUGAGCCUGCCGCCCCCGCUGAGGAGAAGCCGACUGCCGCGGAAGGAUACGAGACAGCUGCUCCUGCUGCCGCACCAAAGGAGGAACCGACCUUGCCACCGAUGCCGAUUCCAAAUGAUGGACGGGCACUUGGAUACGUUUUC